AUGUCCAGAUAUACAGCUCGUACGGAGCACUGGGCGCUUCUUGCAAUAGUGCUUUUCCGCUUUGCCAAUGCUUUUUCGCUCGCUACUUUCUUUCAGCCUGACGAGUUUUUCCAGGCACUAGAACCUGCCCACAACAUAGUUUUUGGUUAUGGUUACAUUACAUGGGAGUGGCACGAGCGGCUUCGGCUGGCGCUCCACCCGCUUCUCUAUGCCGCAGCCUAUAAGGCUGUGCGGGUUGUACUCUCGGAGCGCGCGACGAUCGACCUCGCCCCAAAAUUAGUCGGGGCUCUCAUUGCCUCCAGCAUAGAUGUGGGCACAUACAGAGUGGCAUGGUACGUGACCCGAGACCUGCGUGUAGCCCGUACGGCAUUGUUGAUGUCCUUGGCUAGUGCAUGGAACUGGUAUGUGUUGGCCCGGUCGUUUCUGAAUAACUUGGAGACGGCGCUCACAUUGGCCGCACUCGCGCAAUGGCCCUGGCACGGAAAAAGCGCGCGCAAUGUUUUUUACGCCUGUCUCUGGGCGGGCGCGAGCUGCAUCGUGCGCCCCACAAACGCAUUAGUGUGGCUUUUUCUUGGGGGCACUGUGGUGUGCGCUCACUGGAAACAUCCUAAAACACUCUUCUCCUUUGCUGUUGCAGCAUUAGCGGCGGGAAUUCUUUCGUUGGCCCUUGCCGCAUGUUCUGACCGCUAUUUCUAUGGCGAAUGGACGUUUCCGCUUUGGAAUUUUGUCGAGUUCAACGUGGUGCGUAAUCUCCUGGUGUUUUAUGGCUCUGCACCAUGGCACUUUUAUGUGGGGCAGGGCCUCCCAUUAAUGCUCAUGGCGUACUUGCCCUUUUUUGUGUGUGGGAGCGUGCGGGCGCUUUAUUCGGGUGGUGCCCUUGCCAAGUUAUCGGGCGCUGUCUUGUUUGUGAUGGCAACAUUUCUGACUAUAGCUCACAAAGAAUGGCGUUUUUUGCAACCAGUAUACCCGGCCAUGCUUAUUUUGGCUGCGGCUGAAGUUGUUCGCUGGCGCGCAUGGCACUGGCGCCGGUCCCUUUUCUGCGCGCUUGCUUUCCAUGCGGUGGUGGCUUUUUUCUUCUCGCGCGUCCAUGAGCGCGGCGCUCUCGACUUAGUUGCCUGGGCGCGCUCUGACCCUACAGUACAGUCCUUGGGUCUACUUACGCCUUGCCAUUCCACACCGUGGCAUGCCACUAUGCAUCGCCCGGACUUCGUAGAUUCGUGGUUCCUUACGUGUGAGCCGCCGCUCCAUUUGGCUACAGGCAAUGUUGAAAACGUGCGGGCUUAUCGGGACGAACUGGACCGGUUUUUCGACCACCCACAGCAAUUUUUGCAGCAUGAACUCGGAACCCCGCUGCGGCCAUGGCCGUCACACCUUGUGGUUUUUGAGCCACAUGAAAAAAUAGUUCAGGACCACGUGGGCCCAAAAUACGUUAUGUGCCGCCGCUUUUUCAACACUUACUUCCAUUGGGACCCUCGGCGCGCGGGCGACAUUGUUGUAUUCCAAUUACGAGACCCUGCAUCGGGCACAUCUAGUCCCCAGUAA